UGUUACGAUCACGGCUGCGACGGACGUGUUUUUUCCUCCCGCAGCAAUCUUCUACGUCACCAACGCGAACGCGCACCGCAUGCACGACUAUUAGCGUGUCCCAUGUGUGGUGCAACCUUCUACAGACUUUGGACCAGAGAUUACCACGUCAAGUCAGCAAGAUGUCAG